AUGUCAUCGCCUACACAUUCAAGAAACUGCUCCCCCGUCCCUACACACGAAGACAAGUCCUCACAGCAUACGUUAAAGCAAACCUUCGCUCCCCAUUUCACUGCCGAAUCCUCCGAGGAAAGCAAUCGCCGAGACAACGCGAAGCCUCCGCCGCCCACGUGCUCGUUAUCUUCUUAUCGGAGCGUCGUUAUCGGCUCGAGGCUCCGGUGGCAGUCCCACCCACCCCCGGGCAGCGAGAUUGAUGGCCCCCGCCCGCGGCCGCAGCAGCUGCAGCGGCGCCCCCGAAGCCCUCGCUGUCAUGGUGGCUCCCCACCGCCCCCUCGCCGCGGCCUCCAGCAGAAGCGUCGACUCUAUACCGAAGAGAAUUUAGGAUAUUUUCUUACACUGCUAUGCUUUCCCCCCACCCCCCCGCCACGACCCCCGCCACGACCCCCGCCAGCACGGUGUUGCCAGCACGUCCACUGCCAUCCGCCGCCGCCGAAGUCCAGCGCCGCUCCUGAGGCACGCGCCGCCCGUGCCAAAGCCCGGCCCGCACGCACCAGGCACCGACGCAAGCACAAGCAGACGCACAAGUGUCGCUCCGUAGCGGUUCUUCGGCGCGCUCGGAGGACCGACCCAAGGACUCGCCGCGGCGGGAGGCCUCGCCCGCACCCGGGUUUCCUCAGUGGAGGAAGCGCGUGA